AUGGGAGGAGGCCUGCACAAGGAGACACAGACCGCUGAGAUCGAAGGAAAACGGAGAUAUCGGACAGACAAGCGAGGUGGAGGGGGGUUUUUAGUUGCGACCGGAGAAAGACGGUGUGUGGGGAUGAUCUUGGCAUUGCAGCCGAACCCGGUGCGCGGCAGAAAAGAAAACGCAGAGACGUGGAGGCUAGAACGGAACACACCUUACUCACUGAAACAAAGCGCGCGCUCUCGCAAAAAGUACCCGAGAGCCUCUCCGGCGGACGUGACGUCAGGUCCCUUCCGGAAGGCCCGCUCCACGCUGCUCCAGGACUCUGCCAAGCGCCGUUUCAUAAGGGUCGACUGUGAGCGCCGUGGAGCACCAGAAGCUGACAACACUUGUCCCCAAAAUUGUUGGAGGAGCGGGCAGGUGAUGAGUUCCAGUGAGCUCAACAGGAAAGGGCACAGGGGCGGAAUCUACAAGAGGGACCGGUUGCACCUUCACUGGAAGGGAGCAAAUAUCCUGGCUGGGAGGUUCGCUAAUGCUAUUCGGGAGCGUUUAAACGAGUCUGUCAGUGGGAUGGGAACCAGACCAGCAGAGCAUCAGAACAUGAGAACGUCCGUCAACACCAGGGAUAGAGGCACGGACGGAAAUGGAAAUCCUGUGACCACGGCGACAAAGAAGGACACAGGUUGGAAGCGUAGCAUCGUACAGCCCCGCUACCCCUCGCGGUUGAAUGGCAUAUCCUACCUGAUUCAGCUUGCCAGCCGGUGUGACAAUAGGCCCCCCUACUAUGUCUUGUUGGUCACCAGCUCCCCCGGUCAGUUUGAGGAGCGCUCGGCCAUCCAACAGACCUGGAGGAGCGAAUGACGGGUCGGCGGAGCCACGUCGGUUACCUCCUUCCUGUUGGGACACGGAAGGGAGCGGCAGGACUGGAUACUGCGGGAGGGCGCUCUGCACCAGAACAUCAUACAGGGAGAUUUCGAGGACAGGUACUACAACCUGACUCUCAAGGUGCUGCUGGGUCUGGAGUGGCUCUGCUGUUCCUGUCCCUCCCCCUCCUUCAUGAUGAAGACCGACUCCGACAUAUUCGUCAACACCGACUAUCUGAUGGAGCUCCUGAUCCGAGACCCACGCAGGAACUUUGCCACCGGUUUAAUUGUGAAGAACCCCAGGCCCGACCGUUCUAAAUACAGCAGGUUUUACGUCAGCAAAGAGGAGUAUCCUGGGAAAAUGUACCCAACUUACUGUUCUGGCAUCGGGUACGUCCUCUCCAGUGAGCUGGCCUGCCGUGUGUGGAACAUUUCCGAGAGGGUGCCCAUGUUAAGAUUCGAGGAUGUUUACGUGGGUCUUUGCCUGGCGAAGCUGAAGGUAGAACCGGUGAAAAUCCACCCCUGGUCCAUCUUCUACGGCCACCGGGUCCGGUUCUCCAUCUGCUCCUACCGGCACCUCGUCACCUUGCACCACAUCAGCCCCUCCGAACAGCUUCUCUAUUGGAGAUGGCUGCAGGACUCGGCCGAUGAGAAAUGCCCGGCAGACGCGUGA